AUGGCUUCUUCCUCUUCGAACGUCGUGGGUGUCCACUACCGAGUCGGCAAGAAGAUCGGCGAAGGGUCAUUCGGUGUCAUUUUCGAAGGCACCAACUUGCUGAACAACCAGCAAGUAGCCAUCAAAUUCGAACCUAGGAAGAGCGAUGCACCACAACUACGAGACGAGUACCGUACAUACAAGAUUCUUGUCGGCUGCCCUGGUAUCCCUAAUGUCUACUACUUCGGCCAGGAGGGUCUUCACAACAUCCUUGUCAUAGAUCUACUCGGACCGUCGUUGGAAGAUCUCUUUGACCACUGCAAUCGAAGAUUCUCUAUCAAGACGGUGGUAAUGGUAGCGAAGCAGAUGCUUUCCCGCGUACAAACCAUUCACGAGAAGAACCUCAUCUACCGGGACAUCAAACCCGACAACUUCCUCAUCGGCCGCCCAGGAACCAAGGCCGCCAAUGUGAUCCAUGUUGUUGACUUUGGCAUGGCUAAGCAGUAUCGAGAUCCCAAAACGAAGCAGCAUAUUCCAUACCGAGAGAGGAAAUCCCUGUCAGGAACAGCUCGUUACAUGAGUAUCAACACCCACCUUGGCCGUGAGCAAUCUCGCCGAGAUGAUCUCGAGGCCCUGGGUCAUGUCUUCAUGUACUUCCUCCGUGGUGGUCUUCCGUGGCAGGGUCUGAAAGCUGCAACGAACAAACAGAAAUACGAGAAGAUUGGCGAGAAGAAGCAGACGACCCCAAUCAAGGAGCUUUGCCUUGGGUUCCCUGACGAAUUCAACAAAUACCUGACCUACGUCAGGAACCUGGGCUUCGAGGACACCCCCGACUACGACUACCUUCGUGAGCUAUUUACACAGGCGCUGAAGAACCAUGGGGAGGUAGAGGACGGCGAGUACGAUUGGAUGAAGAUCAGCAAGGAAUCGGCCAAGGGUUGGGACAAGGGCGGAGCAGCGUAUCACAACCCAAAUGCCAGGCCGAAUGCGUCAAACGUGGAACUACUACACCAAUCCCGUGGCAACAGCAGCAAGCCGAACAACAUCACUCAAGAACGUUUAAACGCCGCGCAGCCCCCACCUCCGUCUCCAGCCAAGGGGAUGGACAAGCGCGUACGGCAAAACGCGCCCGGCGCCUUGACGGCGCAGCGAGGUAGCGCGGUGGGGGGUCUCCGAGAUAUGGCUACUCCAACUGGCUCGACUCAGGCCCAGUUCCAGAACAGCAACCAGAACUUGCCGCCGAGGAUGACGCAGCAGUCGAACAUGAGUCCCCAGGCGGGCUUGACUAAUGGGUCAAGACCGUCCGAGCCCCAGCCUACGGGUUUCCAGAAGUUCAUGAAAGUUCUUUGCUGCGGUUAA